AUGACUAGUGGCUCAAAGAACGGCGAGAUCCUUCAGGGCGUCUUCACCUACCUACUCGACAACCUUGGCGUAAAAGACGUGCAGUUCGAGGAGCUCCUCUCCCUCGACCCCGACGCCCUCGCGCAGCUGUACCCCGUCUACGGCGUCAUCUUCCUCUUCAAGUUCCCCACCGACACGCCCUACCACGCCGGCGACAAGCCGCUGGACGGCACCUUCGACCAAGAUGCCGCGGAGCGCCUCUUCUUCGCCGCGCAGACCAUCCAGAACGCGUGCGGCACGCAGGCGCUGCUCAGCGUGCUGCUCAACAAGACGGCCGACGGCGGCACGCCCGCGGACGAGGCCAUCGACAUCGGGCCGACGCUGACCGACUUCCGCGAGUUCACCAUGGCGCUGCCGCCCGAGUACCGGGGCGAGGCGCUGUCCAACAGCGAGCUGAUCCGGGACGCGCACAACAGCUUCGCGCGGUCGUCGCCCUUCGCCGACGAGACGCAGCGCCAGGCCGGCGACGAGGGCGAGGACGCCUUCCACUUCGUCGCCUACACCCCCGUCGGCGGCACCCUGUACGAGCUGGACGGCCUGCAGCGCGCGCCCAUCAGCCACGGGGCCUGUGAUGGGCCCGGCGGGUUUCCCGCGCGCGUCAUGGAGGUGCUGCAGCGCCGCGUCGCCCGCUACGACGCCGCCGAGAUCCGCUUCAACCUGCUGGCCAUGGUGCGCGACCGGCGGGCGCGCGCGCGCGAGAUCGGCGACCGGGACAUGCUCGCCCGCGAGGAGCGCCGGCGCCGCGACUGGCAGUUCGAGAACGCGCUGCGCCGCCACAACUUUGUCGGCUUCGCCGGCGAGGUGCUCAAGGGCGUCGUCGCCGCCAAGCUGGGGGAGGGCGGCGGCGCGUACGAGAGGUGGGUGGACCAGGGGAAGCAGAAGAUGCUCAGGAGGGCCGAGGAGCGGAAGAAGGGGGCCGGCGGCGGUGGGGGAGGCGGGGAUGUGGAAAUGGCCGGGUAG